AUGUCGCUCCCCUCGUCGCCGCACAGCGCAGCCUCGGGCGCACCCGCAGCGCCGGCGCCCGAGCCGAUGCAGCUCGACGCGCCCGCGCCCGCCUCGGCCGCCGCCAGCGACGCCGGCUCGCUCUUCGGCGGCGACGACGACGACGCCGACGCGGCCGUCGGGCGCGAGGCGCGCCCGGGCGAGACGGAGGGUGAGCGCACCGAUGCCGUGGCAGAGGCGGACGACGACCUCUUCGGCGCCAGCGACGACGAGCCCGAGGAGCGCCUCGAGCAGGCAGAGGCACGCAGCGACGACGGCAGCGACGACGAGGUUGUCAACGCCGCACGCAAGCGGCAUGGCGACAAGCGUGCGGCCACGCCUUCCUCCGCCAGCGGCUCGCUGCGCACGCCCUCGCCCUCGCCCGGCGCCGGCGACGACGACCUCGAGCACCGCGAGGACGGCAGUCCGAUGGGCGGGCGCCGCGCCACGCCGCCGCCCGAGAAGGAGGCCCUCUACACGGCGCUGCAGCUGCCGUCGAUGCCCGUGCGCCGCGGGGCGCCGCACUACCUCGCCCGCCUGCCCAACUUCCUCGGCUUCAUUGAGCGGCCAUACGAUCCCGAGACGCUCAAUGAGGAGGAGGAGGAGCGCACGCGCGGCACCGACCGCAUUGAGGACAUCCCUACACGCAAGGUCGUGCACGGCAACAGCACGGGUCGCUGGCGAUGGGGUGACGAGCGUGACGAGAACGGACUGCGGACACGGCAAUCGAACACGCGCAUCGUGCGCUGGAGCGACGGCACGCUGUCGCUGCAGAUGGGCUCUGAGAUCUACGACAUCACCGAGUCGGUGGAGCGUGCGGGCGCUCCGGCUAGUGGCGCUGCCGCAGACGGCAUCUCGCAGGCGGGCAUGGCGUCGCAGACGGCGCCGGCGAUGGGCUCGGGUGACGCAGCUGCAGCGCAGCGCGCGCGGCCAGCACAACCGCUGCAGCAUCUCUUCGUGCGCAUGCCCGACCAGCAGAGCUAUCUCGCCGAGGGCCCUAUUGCCGGUACGCUGGGUCUGCGGCCCACCGACGUGCAGUCCGAGACGCACAAGCGUCUGGCACGUGCCGUCAAGCAGCAGCGCGGCGCCCGUGUGACGCAGAUGCAGUUCGACACGCAUGCCGAGGAUCCCGAGGCGGCAAAAGCGCGCAUCGAGAAGGAGCAGCGCCAGAACAGCCUCAAGGAGGCGCGCAAGAAGGGCAAGGGCCGCCUGGCGCGCGAUGACGAGGACUUUAGCACGUCGCGCAGACGCCAUGUGCCGCUGGGCCGCUCUGCGGCAGCGCUGGGCUCGGAUGAGGACGAGGAGGAGGAAGAGGCAGUCGCUAGCGGCGGCGAGGAUGGCUUCGUGGUGGACGACGCAUCGGACGAGGGCGAGGAUGCCGAGGGCAGCGCCAUGGACGUGGACGACGAGCCGGACGCGCUGGACCUGAUGGACGGACGCAUCGAGGCAGAAGCAGCACGGAGAGCAAAGCAAGGCUCCAAGGCCGCGCCGGCAGCGACGACGAGCGUCGAGGACGACCUCGAUGCAGCUGCCGGCGGUAGCACAGAGGCCGAGGCCGGCUCGCGGCAGCGGCGCCGCGUCGUCAUGGACAGCGACGAGGAGUAGAAAUGCCAGCAUUACGUCACGCGC